AUAGAGCAAGCACAUGAAUAACAAUAUGAUCCUUAUUACACGGCGCAACUUACCAUUGAACGACUUAUUCUGCUAAUGUGAGCCUUCUCUUUUUUCCUCUUCUGCAACUCCGCCAUUGUUACAUUACCUCGACUUCGAGCUUCAUAUAUACCAACAACACAUCAUAUCCCUAUCAUUUAUGAAUUUUUAUAUAUUAGUGAAGUUUUGUCAGCAAGCAGAUGUGCUUUCGAGGUGAAUUAUGGCGUUGCGCGCCUCUUUAUCGUUUUCAUCUAUUCACCAGCAAACGGAGUUCUGCUUUGCGAGGCCCAAAUGGAAGAAGAAGAGAUUAGUGCUUAUGACAGCUCAUCGUGGACCCCCUUCCUCCAGAAUUGUCAGGUCAGUCUUGGAUAACAGGAAAUCAAAUAUCAAAGGUAAUGGAGCAACUGAGCCUGCAAGGGUUCUUCUUGGGAGGUUGUUUGCCCAGACCCAGAAACUAGAAGAACAGAUAGGCAGAAAUCCUUAUCUUCCUCAGGUCGCUGAGCUGGGACUGGAUCUUGGCGAACUGGAGUCUGAUUUGCUGGAUGCUCUUGCAGCCUUGAAGAGGAAGGAAGAAGAUCUUCAAGAUACGGAGAGAAAAGUCUUGAUGGAAUACAAUGAAGUAAACCAUGCAAAAUUGGAAUUGGAGCAACGCGAGGAAGAGAUUGCAGCUGCUAGUUCUAGGCAGGAAAAACUGGAAGAUGAGCUAAUGCAGGCUAAUCUUACCUUAGCAUCUCAAGCUGCUGAAAUUGAGGAUCUAAAGUUUCGUCUCAAGGAGAGAGAUCAGGAGAUAUCUGCUGCACAAACAGCCCUAGAUUCAAAAGCAGAUGAAAUAAAUAAAAUGAAGGAUGAGUUGAAGAAUAAAAGCGAUGAAGCUGCUAACACUGAAUCAGAACUCAGAACUAAGGCUGAGCUACUUGAUGCAGCAAAUGAAGUAGUUCAAAGACAGGAGGUUGAACUACAAAAUCUCCGAAGAAAAAUUCAAGAGAAAGAGAAAGAGCUAGAAGACUUCUUGACGAUGCAGAAAACUGAAGAAGAGAAACUUAAAGUUGCCAAAUCCAACUUGGAGAAGCAGGCAAUGGAUUGGCUCGUAGCAAAGAAAGAAAUGAAGAAAUUGGAAGAGGAAACAUCUAAAUAUGGUGGAGAAGCAAAUGAGACCCUUGAGGAUUUCAGAAGAGUGAAGAAGCUACUUGCCGAUGUAAGGUCCGAGUUAACCUCAUCUCAGAGAGCUUUGACAUCCUCUAGAGAGAAAAUGGAGGAGCAGGAAAAUCUAUUAGAAGAGCGUCUCAGAGAGCUUGAAGAGCAAAGAAGAAGUGUAAUGGCUUACAUGACAAGUUUGAAAGAAGCUCAAAUUGAGGUAGAGAGUGAGAAAGUGAAACUUACGGUAGCUGAGGCUCGAAACAGAGAACUUGAAAGGGAUUUAUCCAUGGAAAAGGAGCUCAUUGAGGAGUUGCAGAAUGAAUUGAAUAAUGAGAAGUCUUCUCUGCUAGCAGCUUUGAAGGAAAAAUCUACUCUCCAAGAGGAGCUUGACCAUAAGAGGGCAGAGUUUGGAGAAACACAGGAUCUUCUUCAGGUUAAAGAGUCAGAGCUAGUAGAUGCUAGAUUAGAGAUUCAGCACUUGAAGUCUGAGUGCGCUUCUCUUCAGCUGAUGUUGGAAGAAAAAGAUAAGGAACUUCUGGAUUCAAGAAAGAUGUUAGAUGAACUAAAUCAGGAAAUAGCUGAGCUGAGGGUGCUCAUGAGCAGUCAAGAAGUGCAACUUAUUCAGGCAACAACUAUGUUGAAAGAAAAAGAGGAAUCCAUGCAGACAAUGCAAGAUGAGUUAAAUGAUACAAAAAUGAAAUAUUCAGAAGCUGAGACUGUUGUGGAACGUAUAGUAGACCUGACUAACAAACUGGUUAUCUCUGUUAAGGAUGACGUGUUGAGCCCACUCAGUCAUGCCGAUGAAACGUGGUCAUCUCAGCUGGUGGAGAAAUCAACUGAUACUUUUAGGUGGCAAAAGAACCAGCUGGAAAAUGAACUCGAGUUAACCAGAGAAAGUCUGAGGGGUAGAGAAAUGGAAGCUCUUGCUGCACAAAGGGCUCUCAAACUCAAAGAGGAGGAGCUCAAAAUGGUUCGUCAAAAAUUAGAUGAUAGGGAGGAAGAAAUAAAUAAAAUGAAGGAAAUGACUCGAGAUGCAGAUGACCUGAUGCAACUUUAUGCUUUGGCACAAGAAAGAAUAGGUGAAAAGAGUACUGGGGAUCUGGCAAUUGAAAAGCUCCAACUCGAGACCGCUCAAUUGGAAGUUGAAGCUGCUACUAGUGCUCUCCAGAAACUUGCUGAACUGAGCCGUGAGCUUUUGAAUAAAGCUAGUUUGAGCAUCGAGGCUGACUACAAUAACAGUCUUUUGUUGGGUGACAGCCCAGGAACUGCAGCAAACGUCGCUAGCAGUGGUGAGUGUCUUGCUGAAGUCUACACGGAAAUGGCCCGGCUUUCAGCGUUGACUGAGCAGCUGGUGAAAGAAGCUGGCAUUUUAUGCCCCAAAUAAAGUUUUAUGAAAUUAAUGACAAUUCUCUAUACAUGCCUCUAACCAUUUGCUUGCUAUAGUUGCGGAUGAGCUUAGAAAAUUUGUUUGUUGUUUUAGCUCUGUUGUACGUUGGAUUACGUCUCAAAUACAACUGUUUAAUUGUGCCUUGCUGGAACAAUGUUGAGACUAUGUUUCGUUUCUCCUUUGAGAUGAUAGCGAGAAUUCAGAGAAAACAUCUUAUUGUAGUGCCUUCUGUGUUUGAUUUUGGUAAAUUCAUAUGGAGAAGUGGAGGGAGAAAUAGUUUCAGCUUGUAA